AUGAGUGGCCAAAGAACCGGCAGCACCCAUCAGGCCAAACGCCCGCGACUCGGCGAGCGUACCAUGUUGGCCUGCAUCGGCUGUAAGCAGAAGAAGCUCAAGUGCGACGGACAAAGUCCCAAGUGCCAGAAUUGCGUGAGGACUGGACGAGACUGCCUGGUAGAAGACCCCGGCACCGGCUUACAUCGCCCGCGCGACUACAUGAAGUCGCUGGAGGCCCGCGUUGCCUAUCUCGAAGGUCUCUUACAGCAGGCUCGGCCCGAAGUCGCCCUCGAUCACUUUGGUGCCAACCACGAGGGUAGUGGUGGUCGUGGUCGUGAAGCAGACCAACACGCUGUCGCCGCUGCCGCUUCUCAGAACGGCGGUCCCACGCAAGCAAUGUCUAUCAUGCAUAUGCCGUCGGCCCUCGCCCCGAAUCUUCAGGCUCACCCUUCGUCAUUCGAAGACGUGGACUUCUCACGGGCGCUGCGGGCGCCUUCUCCAGAUGUUGACGACCAUCAUGUCGAUACCCUGUCUUCAGAGGUUGCGCUGCUCUGUCUCAGCGCGGCCGGUCGAGAGCCGCAUUACUUUGGUCCUUCUUCCGCUGUUUCCUUUUCGCGCAUCGUCAGCGCUACCAUGGGUCUUGCCAGCACUGGCGGGAGCUCACAACAUAGCCAUGCAGGCCGGGGGAAGGAUAUCAAUCCUGAAGUGGUCCGAGAGGUUCCGUUGAGGUUACCGUCGCCGACGCUGAGGGCAAACUUGUCGGAAGCGUACUUUAACAACAUACAUCCCCAGUACCCAUUCCUUCACAAGCCGACGUUCCAGAUUUGGGAGGAGACUUGCCUCAAAGCGAGUCUCGACGGAGAUUUGAGCAGUGUUAACGGGUCGACACUCUUCUUCGUGUUGAUGGUCUAUUCAAUAGGGUCUUUAGUCCUUGGCCAAAGCCAUUAUGAUGCUGCUGAGGCUUACUAUUCUAUGGCCCUGGACCACAUCUCGGCUGUCUUGGAUCUCGACAGCCUAGAGUCCAUCCAAGCAAUAUUAGCCUGUGCUGUGUAUUCCAUCAGAUCACCUGUUGGUGUCAGUUUGUGGAAAGUCUCUGGCAUGGCUAUACGCCAUUGUAUUGAGCUCGGCUACCACCGCAGUGCCGAGAGAUACCAUAGGAAUACAGAUGCUUUGACUAAGGAGAUGUCCAAGAGGUGUUUCUGGGUCGCGUAUGACAUUGACAGAGUCGUUGCCUUCACACUAGGCCGCCCAGUUGGUAUUCCAGAUGACUCUAUUGAUGUUGAGUUACCACUAGAUAUCGAUGACGAAAAUGUGACUUCGGGAGGACUUUUGUCAGCCUCACGAACAUCAAGUACAGAUCCGCCGACACUUAUGACCGGCUUCAUCCAUGCUAUCAAACUGAGGCGUUUAUGGACAAAGAUCAGCGACAACUUGUACCCUCCGACAACUCGACGUUGCGGUUGUGGACAUACAGCGACGAUAGAGAGCCUCCGCCAAGAACUAGAGGAGUGGCGUGCAAAAACUCCCGAUCAGCUAAACUACUCAAGGGCGCAUCCGCUCUCGGUCUUCACCUCUCGCUCCUGGUUCCAGCUCGCUUACGACCACUCCAUUCUACUACUAUACCGCCACUACAUGAUGGGCGGAUCACUCGCGAACCACCCCACACCAGACGGCGGCGGUGGAGGAAACCCCAACGACAACGAAGCCACGGAGCGGGUGCUGGAAGAGUGCGCGGUACGCGCGCGGGAGAUGUGCAUGCUCUACCGCCGCGUCUACCAGUCCUCCUCGGUUCAGUUCACCUGGGGCAGCCUGCACAUCCUCUUCCUCGGCGGGCUGACGUAUCUUUACUGCCUGUGGCGCUCCAAGCGCGUUCGGGACUCGACGAGGCAGGCCGAUGUUGUUACGACUUGCAUGGCGUGCACCACCGUCCUCAUCAUCAUUGCUGAGCGGUGGAAUCUGGCGACGUCGUACCGGGAUAUCUUUGAGGCGCUGUCGCAGCGGACGAUUAGCAUGGUUUGCAAUGAUGGGCUGAAGCCGCCGGCGGCGGCGGCGAGUGGUAAUACUUCGUUGCCGGUGAUCGGGCCGGGCCCUGGGGCGGACGCUGAUAUGCAUGCUGCUUUCGGUGGUGGUGCGGCGCCGUCGAUGCAGGAUUGGAUUAUGGGGCUGGAUGACUUAUCGAUCCCGCAAGAGUCGGAGUGGCUGGUGCAAGAAUUGCUUCAAGGUGUUCGAGACUAUUAG